UAUUAUGUUGUGGUCGGGUUUCUUGGUUCCACUGGCUUCACUCCUGCUGUUGUUCACCUAUGGACAAGCAGCAAGCAUACCAAAGGAAACAGUUACACGAACAUGCGGCUACCAGGCAUGCCCUGUGCCAGAUCCAAAAAAGCUAAAUAUUCAUUUAGUUCCUCAUUCUCACGAUGACGUCGGUUGGUUGAAAACAGUUGAUCAGUAUUUCUUUGGAAGUCGCCCAGCUAUUCAGAAGGCAGGGGUGCAGUAUAUUUUAGACAGCGUUAUUCAGGCGUUACUCGCUGAUCCUGAAAGAAAAUUCAUCUACGUGGAAACUGCCUUCUUAUGGAAAUGGUGGAUACGUCAAAGCGAUAAGAUGCAACAAGAUGUGCGCAAUCUGAUCAACGAAGGCAGAUUAGAAAUUAUCGGUGGUGGAUGGAGUAUGAAUGAUGAAGCAGUUACCCACUAUCAUUCUCUUGUAGAUCAAUACACUUGGGGUUUUAGACGCCUCAAUGACACCUUCGGAAGUUGUGCAAGACCGCAUAUAGGAUGGCAAAUAGAUCCUUUUGGUCAUUCCAGAGAACAGGCAUCUAUGUUCGCGCAAUUAGGAUUUGACGGAAUGUUUUUCGGUCGACUCGAUUAUCAAGACAAGGCAGCAAGAAUGAAGAACAGUAAUAUGGAAUUUCUUUGGAAAGGAAGCUCAAGUCUCGGUUCCCGUGCAGAUUUGUUCACGGUUGCAUUGUAUAACACUUACAGUCCGCCACCUGGCUUCUGUUACGAUAUGCUGUGCAACGAUGAACCAAUAAACGAUGAUCCCGAGAGUCCAGACUAUAGUGUCACGAACAAGGUCAAACAAUUGGUAGAAUAUGCACAUCGUCAAGCAGCAGCUUACCAGACUAAUAACGUUAUAUUUACAAUGGGCGAAGACUUUAAUUACCAACAAGCCGAAAUGUGGUUCACUAACUUGGAUAGGUUGAUCAGAUACGUGAGAGAGAAGAAAGGUAAUGAGGUGAAUAUAUUUUAUUCGACGCCAUCGUGCUACCUGAAAGCACUACACGAUCUAGAACUUGAGUGGGUAACGAAAGAAGAUGACUUCUUCCCCUAUGCGAGUGAUCCACAUUCAUUUUGGACUGGCUACUUUUCUUCCAGACCAACGAUCAAAUUCUACGAAAGAAUGGGAAACAACAUUUUACAAAUAAGCAAGCAAUUGUCAGUAUUGGCUCAUUUGAAAGGUCACGAGAAACAAUUGGAACAUUUUCGAGAAGCAAUGGGCGUAAUGCAACAUCACGAUGCAGUUACUGGAACCGAGAAACAAUUAGUUGCAGAAGAUUACGCGCGCAUACUAAAUAGUGCCAUUGAACAAGGACUAAACAUUAUUUCUGAAGCUAUGAGUGAUUGGAGAACGAAUGGACAACUAAAAGGGGAUAUGUACGCCUGUAUGGAAUUGAAUAUUAGUUCCUGUUCAUACACAGAAGAUCAGGAUACCGAACUUACGAUUUACAAUCCUUUAAGUCAAAAAGUUGACUCUAACAUUCGCGUUCCUGUGCAAAUAGGCUCGUACAAUGUUGUAGAUCUUACAGAUGACGUUACCGUUACUUCCCACCUGGUGCCUGUUCCUAAUUCUGUACAGAAAAUACCGGGAAGAAACAGCAGCGCAAUGUACGAGCUUCUAUUUAUCGCAACGCUGCCACCAUUAGGUUACAGAAGCUUUAAAGUUACAAAGAACUCAGAAAUUACGUAUCCAGUUGUCACCACUUCAAAAGCAUAUUCUAUUAGUAACGAGUUUUAUGAUGUAUCAAUCAACGCGAAUGGUAAUGCUGUUGUAGAAUGGAAAAGAGAACAAAAUAUGAGUUUGACUCAAUCAUUCCACUAUUAUGAAGGAAUGCAGGGAAAUAAUCGGGAAUUUGAAAAUAGAUCAUCGGGUGCAUACAUCUUCAGACCUAAAAGCCCAUUAGCUAAGAAUUUUAUAAAACCUGGAUCUUAUAAAAUUUACAAAGGUCCAGUAGUGGAAGAAAUCCAUCAAUAUAUCAACGAUUGGGUAUCUCAGGUAAUUCGAGUUUAUAAAGGAAAAGAGUAUGUUGAAUUCGAUUGGCUCGUUGGACCAAUACCCGUUAAGGAUACGAUUAGCAAAGAGAUAGUAACGAGAUAUUCUAGCAACUUAAAUUCUUCUGAUGAAUUUUACACGGAUAGCAACGGUCGUGAAAUGUUGAAACGAAAGAAGAAUUAUCGUCCAACGUGGAAUUUGAAUCUAUUUGAAGAAAUAUCUGGCAAUUAUUAUCCUGUUACUUCCAAAAUCUCGUUGAAGGAUAAAGAAAGGUUGCUUAAACUCAGCGUGUUAACGGAUCGAGCACAGGGUGGAACUAGUCUAAGAAAUGGUGAAAUCGAAAUGAUGCUUCACAGAAGACUUUUAAAAGAUGACGCAUUCGGUGUAGGCGAAGCUCUCAAUGAAACUGCCUUUGGUGAAGGUUUAGUGGUCAGAGGUACACAUUACAUUAUCGGUGGUAGUACGAAAAAUUUGGAUAAAAUUGCAACGAAGGAGAAAGCUUUAGCGCUUGAAAUGUUGCUUCGCCCAUUAAUCCUUAUUAAGACAAAUGCUUCAGUUAGCGCGAAUGUUACCAUACAAAAUACCGGUCUUGCUAAAUCCUUGCCACCAAAUGUGCACAUUUUAACUUUGGAACCAUGGAAAGAUAAUACAGUUUUACUAAGGCUGGAACAUAUUUUCGAAGUGGGUGAAACAGUUUCCUACUCCAAACCUACGGAAGUUAAUAUUCAGGAUCUGUUCUCAACGUUCACGAUUGUAUCCGCUAAGGAAACUACAUUGGGUGCCAAUCAAUGGUUCAACGAAAUGAAUCGUUUUAAAUGGAAAGCUGAAACAAAUGACGUUGAUCAAGGGGAAGACUUCUCUACCCCUGUAGAAAUGAAAGACGGUGCUAUAAAUGUUGUUUUGAAACCAAUGGAAAUACGAACAUUUAUUCUUGAAAUAGCACCAUCAAAUUUAUAA